AACUGUUCCACGGAGUGUGCCUUGGAUGGUGAUGGUAAACAAGACAGCUUCACUGUUUCUGAUCACCACCCACUCUUAACUUCUUUUGCUAUUACCUAGACUGACAAAUCCUCCUAAUCUCAGAACUACAGAAGAUUGAUACCUACAGUGAAUCAACACUUGAAAGCAGCACAACUAAGCGACAUAAUCUUGACUGUCACGCUAUCGGCUCUUUCCAACAGGCUUCCUCCUAAGGAUAUCCACACGGCUGUGUCCUCUCAACAUGCUGCUUUGAUUGGGAUUAAGUCGCUCUCAUGGUUCUACAGCAACAACUGAACAAACCGGGAACCAUAUUAGUAUCCUGUUAGGUCUCAUUCGUUGAAUGCUCGAAGCUCGACUAGGACGACGAGAGGAACACAAUCGGAAUUGCCUACAGAUUCGUGCGAUCCAUGUAACGGACGUUCGUCAAUUCUCAAGGAUAGCUUAAGGCACCUAUAGCAUUCGGAUGCUGGGUUCUCAGCCGCAAAAUGAGCCUAGAUCGCCAAAACGGAGCUCAACGCGAUGAAACGAAGGGCGUCAGGGAAAAGUCUAUGAGCCAUCUGCCUCCAUUGCCGCCUUCGUCUACGCCCGUCGAGGAUAAAUUUACUACCAGCACGCCUAAUUUCCUUCGAGAAAUCAAGGGAAGGGUCUCUGAGCCGGUAGCGGCAGCCUUUGUUGGCGGUGGCGUGGCCGGUGCAGUCUCCAGAACAAUUGUCUCGCCUCUUGAGCGCCUAAAGAUUCUUCUUCAGAUACAAAGCGUUGGCAGGGAAGAGUAUAGGUUAUCUAUAUGGAAAGCUCUUGUCAAAAUAGGAAAGGAAGAAGGCUGGAGAGGUUUUAUGCGAGGCAAUGGCACAAAUUGCAUACGCAUUGUUCCCUACUCUGCGGUACAGUUUGGGAGCUAUAACUUCUAUAAGAAAUUUGCGGAACCUUCACCAAAUGCGGAUUUAUCACCGGUGCGCCGCCUCAUUUGUGGAGGUGCUGCCGGUAUUACGUCUGUCGUAAUAACUUACCCUCUGGAUAUCGUCCGGACACGGCUUUCAAUUCAGUCAGCUUCUUUUGCUGUCCUCAGUCAGAGCGGUCCCGACAAAAAGCUACCAGGGAUGUUUCGUACCAUGGUUCUCAUAUACAAAAAUGAGGGUGGUAUCAUAGGUCUCUAUCGGGGUAUCGUCCCCACAGUUGCCGGUGUUGCUCCAUAUGUUGGUCUUAAUUUCAUGACAUAUGAAUCGGUUCGCACAUAUUUAACGCCAGAAGGGGAUAAGACGCCAGAUUCCCUACGUAAGCUUUUGGCUGGGGCAAUUUCUGGCGCAGUUGCCCAGACGUGCACAUAUCCUUUUGAUGUUCUGCGUCGACGCUUUCAAAUCAACACAAUGACUGGGAUGGGUUAUCAAUACUCUUCAAUUUGGGAUGCUGUGAAAGUCAUUGUGGCUAAUGAAGGAUUACGUGGUCUUUUCAAGGGGAUAGUCCCGAAUCUCCUCAAAGUGGCGCCCAGUAUGGCUAGCAGUUGGCUCAGCUUUGAGCUAGUAAGAGAUUACCUCGUUGAAUUAGGCGACAAGUGAACUCUCACGAAUCCACCUCGUGUCCUAUAACAAUAUAUAGAUCAGCUGUCUCUUUAGCCAUCAUGUCCUUACGUCCAAUCAGUGCGAUAGAAAUCUACCUUCUAACACAAGAUAAA